UCUACCCUUCCUCCCAUCAUCCAUCAGAAAAAAGUCAUCUGAGGACGGACACGCAGCGUCAAAAUUGCAAUAUUUUUCCGUUUUAUCGCACAUUUUUCGGCAAAAUCCGGCCCGAGUAGUGCAAAAUUCGUUCCGGCACGACGUCCGCAUCAUUUUGCUGGUACGGACACCCACCACAACCUCCGGAAAAGCCUUGUUCGCUGGUUACAGGCCGCAGAACCGCUUUCCGAAACCCUCCUCCCCGGGGGAGAAAAGAAGACCUCGCGGGAACAAAGAAGCCACCGACUCCUCCAUUUUUGCCAAAAAGGAACACGACCGUGCAGAGAAAAGAGGGCUGAAACUAGUUUUUGUGCAUUGUGGAAGCCGGAGGCCAUCGACGGAAGAAAAGGGUUUGCUGUUCCUUGGUGAGUGCGAAUAAGAGUGAAAAUCUGUCCAGAAGUGCUGGUGCGCCUCCCCCCUUCGGAGUAACGGGAUUUCUGCCGUGGUGUGAAUACAAAGUGCGGUGAAGCGCAACAGAUUGUCAGCGGCAACAAAAUGACGACGUGGGAACCGCAACCGGACGGACUGAACCAGAUCAUCACACUGCUGAAGCAGUCCCAAUCGACGGACAAUGCCAUCCAGCGGGCCGUGCAAAUGAAACUGGAGGAACUAAACCAAUAUCCAGACUUCAACAACUACUUGAUUUACGUGCUGACCAAGCUGAAGACGCAGGAUGAGCCAACGCGCUCGCUGUCGGGAUUGAUUUUGAAGAACAACAUCCGCAUCCACGGAACGCACCUGCAGCCGGCCAUCAUCGAGUACAUCAAGCAGGAAUGUCUGCAGGCGCUGGGCGAUCCUUCGCCGUUGAUCCGUGCGACGGUGGGAAUCCUGAUCACGACGAUUGCCAACAAGGGCAGUCUGCAGAGUUGGCCCGAGCUGUUGCCGACGCUGUGUGACAUGCUCGACUCGCAGGAGUACAGCGUGUGCGAGGGCGCCUUCGGGGCAUUGCAGAAGAUUUGCGAAGAUUCGGCCGAUACGCUGGACAGCGCCGCGUUGAACCGGCCGUUGAACAUCAUGAUUCCGAAGUUUUUGCAAUUUUUCCGUCACUCUAGCCCGAAGAUUCGGUCGCACGCGAUCGCCUGUAUCAAUCAGUUCAUCAUCAAUCGUACGCAAGCGUUGAUGCUGCACAUCGACACGUUCAUCGAGAAUUUGUUCCACUUGUCGUCGGAUGAGGACCGGGAGGUGCGCAAGAACGUUUGCCGAGGGUUGGUGAUGCUGCUGGAGGUACGAAUGGAUCGCCUGAUGCCGCACAUGAACAACAUCAUUGAGUAUAUGCUGGUGCGGACGCAGGAUCCCGACGAGACCGCGUUGGAGGCGUGCGAGUUUUGGUUGUCCCUCGCGGAGCAAAGCAUUUGCAAGGAGGUGCUGACGCCACACCUGAACCGACUGGCGCCGGUACUCGUGCGAGGCAUGCGAUAUUCCGACAUUGACAUCAUUAUCCUGAAGGGUGACGUUGAGGAGGACGAAAUGAUUCCGGAUCGCGAGGAGGACAUCAAGCCGCGGUUCCACAAGUCCCGAACGCAUACCCAAAAGGCCGGCAGCAUGGGCGCGCAAGAUACGGGUGCCCGCGCGAUGGAAGGCAACGAAGAGGAGGAAGAUAUGGAUGAUCCCUACGACGAUAUGGACGAUGACAGUAAUCUGUCCGAUUGGAAUUUGCGCAAGUGCAGUGCGGCGGCUCUGGAUGUGCUUGCGAACGUGUUCAAGGACGACUUCCUUCCGAUUUUGCUGCCCAUCUUGAAGGAGACGCUUUUCCACCAGGAAUGGCAGGUCAAGGAAAGCGGCAUUCUGGCCCUGGGUGCGAUUGCCGAAGGUUGUAUGAACGGCAUGACGCCCCACCUGCCCGAGCUGAUUCCGUACUUGAUUUCGUGUCUGUCGGACAAGAAGGCGCUGGUCCGCGCAAUCACCUGCUGGACGUUGUCCCGUUAUGCCCACUGGGUCGUCAGCCAACCGCACGAUCAAUAUCUGAAGCCGUUGAUGGAGGAGCUGCUGAAGCGUAUUCUCGAUGCUAACAAACGCGUGCAGGAGGCGGCGUGUUCUGCGUUCGCAACCCUCGAGGAGGAAGCAUGUACGGAACUGGUGCCGUAUCUGGGAUUCAUACUGAAGACCCUUGUGUUUGCGUUCGGAAAAUAUCAGCACAAAAAUCUACUGAUUCUGUACGACGCCAUUGGAACGUUGGCCGACUCGGUCGGAGUUCACCUGAACAAACCGGAGUACAUUAGCAUGCUGAUGCCACCGUUGAUCCAAAAGUGGAACAUGCUAAAGGACGAGGACAAAGAUCUGUUCCCGCUGCUCGAGUGCCUGUCGAGUGUGGCCACGGCGCUGCAGUCUGGCUUCCUGCCGUACUGCGAACCGGUCUACCGGCGGUGCAUCUCGCUGAUUCAGCAAACGCUGAACCAAGAUCUGGCCAGCACGGCCAGCCCCGGACAGUACGAGCUCCCGGAUAAGGAUUUCAUGAUUGUCGCGCUGGAUUUGCUGUCCGGUUUGGCGGAAGGUCUGGACGGGCACAUCGAGUCACUCGUCGUCAGCAGCAACAUUAUGCAGCUGCUGUACCAGUGCAUGCAGGAUUCUAUGCCGGAGGUACGACAGUCGUCGUUUGCCCUGCUCGGGGACCUGACGAAGGCAUGCUUCCAGCAUGUGCACCCGUUCAUCGCUGACUUUUUGCCCAUCCUGGGCCAGAAUCUGAACCCGGAGUACAUCUCCGUGUGCAACAACGCCACCUGGGCAAUCGGCGAGAUCAGCAUAAAAUUGAGGGAAGACACAAAGACGUACAUUCCGCUGGUGCUCACCCAAUUGAUCGACAUCAUCAACAAUCCGAAUACGCCCAAGACGCUGCUGGAGAAUACAGCAAUAACAAUCGGUCGCCUCGGUCUUGUGUGCCCCCUUGAAGUGGCUCCAUCGUUGCAACAGUUUGUUCGACAGUGGUGCUCCUCUCUGCGCAACAUCCGCGACAACGAGGAAAAGGAUUCGGCGUUCCGGGGCAUGUGCCAGAUGAUUACCGUCAAUCCGGUCGGCGUUGUGCCGGACUUUAUCUUCUUCUGUGACGCGGCGGCCUCCUGGAUGAACCCGAAAACGGACCUGCACGAGAUGCUGCAGAAGAUUCUGCACGGGUUCAAGACCCAGGUCGGCGAUGAAAACUGGAGCCGGUUCGUGGAACAGUUCCCGCAGCAGCUCAGCGAACGCCUCACGGUGAUGUACAGCAUCUAAGUGGCGAAAGAACAGCGUUUCGGUAUGUACGGAAUUUUACAGCGUCGAUUGUGCCGUCGCGAGACCAGCAAAAGACGGCUUAAUUGUUCUUAAAACAAAACACAAACAAAUCGAGGUAACGAAAACAAACAGUGACUAGCAAGUAUGAUGCAUUUGUUUCUCAAAGUGGCUUAAUUUAAUUACUAAUUGUGGUAAUAUCGAAUUAAUCGAUCGCAAUUCUGAGCUGUAGUUUGCCCAAUCAAACGAUUUCGAUCGCAGAGGUCGAAACCGUUCUCGAGCGAGAGAAGGCUUUUCUUUUUACUAUUUGGAGAUUUAAAAUUUGAUACUGAAUUAAGGAGUUUUCACUUCUUGUGUAUUAUUAGUUUAUUGGUAAAAUUUUCAUCUACGUUGUGAAACACAAAAGAAUAAAUAGCAAGUUUUAAGCCACAAACAAACACAUACACAUAAUCCAAUCGUAAAUAUGGUAACACCAUCGUUGUCUGCCGACACUCGAUACAUUUUAUUACUACUUGUAUUCUACUUUUGGUGUGGCGAGCAUUACAAAAGAGAUAACGAUUCAAUAUCCUUCCUUAGAGUCCAACAAACACACACAAAAGAUCCCCUUUUCCCCCCAACCUCAAACUCAUCAUUGUGAAAAAUGGGAGCGACUUCUGGUGCUGCUUUCCGGCGAAAGAACAAAACUAACCAACAAAACAAAAACAAAAAACAAUGGAUUAUAAUUUUCAUCACAAUUCGACAAGAGCUUAUAAACGCCAAUGGUUUAUAUUGUGGUAUAUUUAAACAAAAAAAAAAAAAUCGUGGAAAGCGAGAGAGAUAAACACUUUUAUAAACAAUCCUAUAUGUUCCGUACAACAGUACAGUUCUUGAUCUGUGUGACAAGAAAAUGGGUGAUUGCGAAUGAGUGCAUGAGAGUAAUUUUCAGUUGACUAAAUUAAACAAAAAAAAAAAUCAUAAAGGUUUGUCUCAGAAUUUUGAUGGGGUUAAAUUUUGCUCAAAUUUGUCCCUUGUCAAGAUUCUGCGGUUAAAUGUAUGCAGUUUUAGGCCGAAAAAUCGAAGCCUUCUAAAGAAUAUUUCAAUUUCUCGGUUUUCAACGGUCCGAAACAAUCGCUGAGUGAGCUUUCAAAAGGUGACAUUUGAGCAGAGUGACGGGGUUUAAAGAUUACCCCGUAAAAAAUUUUACUGUUCUCGAUCUGACGACACACCCUACGAAAUCGGGUAAUCAAAAACAACCAACCAGAUUUAGUUGGGAUGCGUCAGGAGUAAGAUUUUUAGUCUCCCUAAGAAAAAGACCGAUUAAAUCGGGUUGAGUCAGGUUUUCUUUUAGUCACAGACUAAAUCGGUAAAAAUCGAUUUUUUUAAACGAUUCCGUCAGAAUUCGUCGGCCGAUUUUGAACACCGAUUUUCCAGCAGACGCUUAUGUCAAGAUUACACAGAAGUCUGUUGCCUGGUCGGUCGAUUCGUUUUUCUGGAUUGACACUUCAUCAGAAAUAGAGCCCUUAUUUAAGACAAAGUUCUUCGAAAAAAAGGAAAAAGUAAAAGUUAUUGGUCUAUUUUGACAAUUGUUUGAGCUAUCAAAAAAAAAAAAUCGUAUUCAAAUGCAUGGCUAGCUGUGUUUAGAGGUUUUGGUGAGCACCAUCACUCGCUGGCUGCGGUUUGGUAUAGUAUUCGUUCACAAUUCGUUUCGAGUUUAUGAAUCGGAUAAUUUGAUCGACAAUUGGAGAUUGAUCAGUACGUAUUAAUAAUGCCUUUAAACUACCCAUCACUCUGAAAUCAAAACAAUAACAUCGUACAACCUUUUGAAAACUCUUUCUAGAUAAAAGUGAUAUUUUAGUAUGUAUUCUUUGCCUUUGGAAACGUUCUGGUUAUGUUACAAGAAAAAAAAACAAGUUUGGUGUAUAAACUAUCUAUAUAAAGGAGUUCUAAAAUAAACAAAUGCCCAAGACAACUAAUAAAAUAAAAUAAACGGUAAGUUAAAGAAGCAGAAAAACAUUUUGUACGUAUCGGGAAAUCGGGUCGCGUUCGCGUUCGUCGGGAAAAUCGUCGUUGUUCGUCGUCGGGUCGGGUCGGGUCGGGUCGUCGGGUUUCGUGUUUUUAUUAAGUUUCUUUUUUUCGUUUUCUUUUCGUCGAUUUGUAAAAAAAUCCACCAGAGACCAAUCUAUUUUUUGAACAGAUACUAUUUGAACAAGAAAGUUCCUGCACAGCAGCUGAUUGAUUGAUUUUUUUUAUAGAAGGAAAUUAAACAGAUAACCAAGAGAUGCUAUUAUGAGAGAUAUGGUGCCAUUAGAUAGUUGAAAUAUAUCAUGGUUUAAGGAUAUAAUAAAACAUACACACAGAAACUGGAGAAACAAAACAUUAAACAUACACAAGGUCAAGCAAAAACUAAGACUAAUCAAAUUUUAAGAAAUCGCCACAGAAUGAUAUGCUGUAAACGGCGAAAACUAACUAAAAUUGACUGACAGCUGUGCGUUAGUCACCAAUGAUUAACAUUAGGUUAACAAAUAAAAAAAAAAUAACAAAGACUGAAAAGAGAAAACAUAUUUCCUCAAUUUGAAACAACAAAUCUCUUUGUGUUACUUAUUUUUGAUUAGUAGCUGCGCCAAAAUUUCUACUUGUAAUUUACAGACGAAAAACAAAUCCGCACACGUUGAAUAAUAUCUGUUCAAUACACACAAACACUCACACAAACAAAUUGUAACUGUUUAUACAAGUAUGGAGGUAUCUCUUUUUGUUUUUCGUUCCGUAUAUUACAAAUCGCGCGCCGCGUAUCGUGUCGUUGUCGUCGCCGUCGUCGUAUCGGAAAUCGUCGCGUCCGUCGUUCCGGGAAUUUAAAAAAAAGUGCGAGGUAAUGGGCGAUUAUUUGGGCAAUCAAAAACUAAACUGAUCUUUUGGCCCCAAAUGAUAACCAUCAUUACCCGCUAGAAACAAAUCGUCGCGCUCGGGAAAUCUAAAUAUUAAUAUAGUAGGAAACAAAAAAAAAACAAAUUUCGUAUUCGCGAAUCGUUCCGCCGAAAAUCGUUGUGAUAUAUUAUCGUGUUCGUUCGUUGUUAGGAGGUUUAUAAUAUUAUUAGUUUCUUUUUUCUGUUUUAUAGGUUUCAAGUUAACAAGUUUUAGUUUUUUUAUACUCUUGUAGGGAAAACAAGUAAAUCGCGCGUCGUCUAUACAAAAUCGGGUUCGUGUAACUUUGAGCAUAAGCCCUGGGUUGUUGGUCCGUCGCGUUUACCACAAUGAAAGGUGCUCUCGUAAAUAAUACUGAUUUAAGAUUUAGGGUUUAUAUCAUGAAAUGAUUGUAAUUUAUAGCUAAAAACUUAAAUGAACACGUUAGUUGAUUUGUAUGGGUCUGACAGUCUUUGAAAUUAUUCAUCUGCUUAAAAUUGUAAAACGCAAAAUUCAUCUUAUUCGUUAAAGUAACAUUAGGUUUAAAACCAGUUAAUCUGUCAGACCAGAUCAUUCGUUUUAUUUCUAACAGUUCGCUGCAUCCUUUAUUAUAUUUCAUUUCACCAUUUAAUUCAAAUAGCAAAAGUCACACUCAAAACUGCACUAGUUACUAAUCCAGGAUCAACUGUAGAAAAUGCCAGAGAUAUGAGACAUUAUAUUGAUUACUUCACAUAGUCUAUACAAAAAAAGCAAACCAGCAGAAAGAACUCUUAAAUCGUACGUACCUUAAAUCAAGAACAAACAAAAAAGAAAACGGAAAACCAAUCCACGUGGAUUUGGUCGCGUCGCGUUUAAUCGUCGCGGAAUCGUGUGAUCGCUAACUAAAAAAAACAAAACGUUUAAAAAUGAAAUAAAACUACUUAUACAAGACAAAACAAACCAAGAUUUAUACACCCAAACGUGGGAUCAACCACAAAUAUGCAAAAAAAGAAAACCAUUGAAUACAGUUGAAAUUAAGCGCAAAUUCGGGACCGCACCGUUUGCCUUGUGUCGAACAGUUAGCUUCGCCCUCCUAUUGGUUCGCGAAGCUCUACCCGUUCCACACACGGCAACUGUUUUCCCGCAACAACAAAAAAAACCUAAUUUUGAUUGCUUGCAACGUUUUCUUGCCGCGCCUGGCGUGGUGAACGAAAAUGGAGCAGCAAAAAAAAAAACACUGGCUGUAUUGGUUAAUUUGAGUAUUACCAGCAUCACCUCUUCGAAAUACAGGCCGAACUAUACUUAAAUGAAGAAGUAUAAAUUGCUAUUAUAAUGUAGUUAAUAUUAUUACGAGAAUCUAAGUGAUGUAAACAAACCAAGUGUGUGCGCGAGAUUGUGUGUGUGGACGAAUAAAUUUGCGAAACUGGAAACAAAAAGAAAAACAAAGUGCUAAGAUUUUAACAGAAGUCUCUCAAUAGUCCUUAAAACUCCCCAAAUUCCUACCCAACUUGUGUAAUCUACCAAAUGUCCUGCAAACACCCAAAGAGAAAAUGUUGCUCCUUUUAUUCAAUACUGUAGUAAUUAUGUAUCAAAUAAUCAAAUCAAAAUCACACCUCGAACGGUUAUAAUAAAUUCUACAUUGUCACACAUUGGCACUCACAUCAAACACAAUUACGCAGUGGUAGUUUCAAAAUUAGAUUGAAUAGAGUGUAGAAAAGAAAAAAAUACAUCCGCGUUGAAUUCAUUUAAGUUCAGCAAACAGGUUAAAUGGAA